AUGGCACCUUCGAAGCAUGAGGCGCUGUGGGGAAUGCUGGCGACGGCAGGAGGCUCCCUGACCUUCGUGGCUUUGGUGGUGCUGACUGAGUGGCUGGAGCAUCAAGAAUGGCCGGCCUUUGCUAUGCUCGGCAGUGCCGGCUUCAUCCAUGGCCUCGCCUUGCUGGUCUAUUUGCUGUUGCCUAAGAUCCGAAAGCGUGCGCAGUGGCCCAGCUCCCUGAGCAUGAAGAUCUGGACCUUCGCCCGGGGAUUCGCCAGCAUCUUCGCGCUGGCUUGUACAGUCUUGGCCACCUUCUUUGGCUGUCCAGCGGGUGACACGAUGGCGCUUUCCAGCACCAACGUCUUCGCAUCGGCUGUGGCUGGAUGGUUGCUCUUCGGAGAGGCCUUUGGCAGACUGAGGGUCGCGGCGCUUCUUGCCACUGGCUUUGGGGCAGUGUUGGUUUCGAAGCCAGAGUUUAUCUUCACCACUGUGAAGGAGCAGCCUUACCUCGGCUAUUUGUUUGCCGCCGUGUCAGGCUUGGGCUUGUGUGGUAUGGUCGUAUGCUGCAGAAAGCUCGGUAAGGAGGUGUCACCCCUGAUUUCUACCCUUUCCGCCAGCUUGCAGCGCGGUGCCAUUCUGCUUCUCCUAGCGGCUUUGCCGAUGUGGGAAACAGACCUUGGCUCCACCAUCGACAAGCUUAGCCAUCAUCCUGGCUGGGCUGUGCUGUGGGUGCUUAUUCUGACAGUUCUGAUUGCUUCGCAGACGACUUUGCUGAGCGUCGGCUUUGCACUGGCGCCUACAGGCGUCAGUGGGGUCAUCGUGACAUGCUGCGACAUUCUCUUCGGCUACAUUGGCCAGAUCGCCGUGUUUGGCAUCCUCCCUGAUGCAGUGACGCUGGCCGGAGUCGUUCUGCUCUUGGGUUCCGUCCUGAUGAUUACCAUGGAAACGGCCAAAACCCACCCGCCCCCAGAAGUGGCGGGCGACACUGGAACAUCAAGCAGCCAGCCGGAGAAGAAUGAAGCUCCCCCCGUGGACAAAGAAGGGCAACCACCUGCGCUGUGA